CUUCAGUGCUCAAGUAUUUUCGAGCAACGAGAAUCAGGGAUACGCGAAUUCUCUCUACGAAUUGGCUCUCAUAUCGGGCUUGAAGCGCGGUCCAAUCGUGCAGCCACCGCACGCGAGAGUGCCGCGGGUCGAUUAAUAUCGGACCACCUGGUCAAAUCGCAUUCGGAUCGGACGAAAAAAAGGAAAGGAAAAAAAGUCUGUCAUUUUGGAAGCGCGCGCCGGGGGCAUUUCACACAAUCGCGUCCUGCUGGGAAUUCCCACGAAUUUCAGAGAUCGUGUCGCCGUGGAAAAUUAAUCGGGCGCGAGUGUGUGACAGCUUGAUCGGCGAAAGUGGCUAUUCUUCGAAAAAGUUUCUCGGAUCCGGUGAGUAAUCGACAGUGGAACCGGAAGUGUCAAGCUUGCAGUCGCAGCCGAAGGAAGUGAAAAGGUUCUGUGCGUCAACGGACAAAUCGACGCGCACGCCUACGUGGAAGCAGGGCAGAACGUUAAAUGAAUGUUGUUACGGUGGGCGCUGGCGGUCACGACGGGAAAAUCGAGGGGACACGGCAGGAUCGCUCUCUCUCGAUUUAAAUUCAUAGAUGUGCGAGCGAACGGACCUACAAUGGUGGCUCGGCUCCCGCAACAAGUUCUGCUGCUACUCGUACUCGUUACUGGAGCAUCCACGGGAGAGACUGAAGAUCCGCGGUGGAGCACGUACAGCGCUCGAAAAACUAGUCGAUCCUCGUUGCCACGAUCCUGGCCAUCUUCGAGUUUGGAGCACGCCGCGAGAGAGACUAGACCCUCGAAUGGCAAGCUCCCAGAAACUAGCUCUUGGAGCGUAGAGAGAUCAAGCCCUGGAACUCGAUCGGAUCUGAGUUUCCUAGGAACUGUGGUCGAGAGGUCCGAAGAAGACGAGGACGGGAGGAGGAUGGAGUCGCUGGGGAGCAAUGACACCAAGGACGCAAGGAUCACAAGCCAUAACCCGUCCAUCUCCUCCAGGAGCAGCGAAACGAACCAGACGGAUCCGUCCAAUCGGAUUUCCAUCGAGUCAUCGUCCUCGGAAUCGACGUCGAUUGGCUAUCACCUCGUCAGAACGUCGCCGACUUCUAGAAGCUCCUAUGACAUAAUGCCAACGCCCGAGACACAACUAUCAUUUGAGACGCUCGUACGCGGAAACUUGGAAAAUACGACGUCGAUGACGACGUAUACGAAAAACUUCGCCAUACCGCGACGCCACAUGAGACACGUCCCGGAUCUCUGUGAGAAGUUUCAGAUUGGAGACCCGAUAAAGAGGGAAUUUUAUAGUCCGAAUUAUCCUGAGUCAUAUCCGAAUUCGACCAACUGUGUACGAGUUUUGGAAGCUGACAAAGGUAUGCUACUGAAGCUCGACUUUCGAGAUGAGUUUAAGCUUGAAGACAGCCCGGAUUGCCGUUUCGAUUUCCUCGAGGUACGUGACGGUCAGUACGGUUACUCUAAUCUCCUCGGCAACUUCUGCGGCACGAAUUUUCCUCCCGAGAUCACAUCGAAGACGCGAUACCUCUGGCUGCGAUUCCAUAGCGACGAAAAUAUCGAAGGCAAGGGAUUUAAAGCUGUGUGGAGCACAAUACCGAGACCGACCUAUCCGGGCAUACCACCGGAACAAGAACCAUGCAUAUUUAACGUAACGGGUACGCAGAUGAUAAUUCACAGCGACUUGGUCAAAGACAGGAAGGCUCAAGCCGAGAAAGAGGGGUUGCCGUUGGAUUGCAUGUGGAUCAUUCAAGUGAAAGAGGGAUGGAAGAUUCAACUGCUUCUAGACGUUUUCGUCCUGAAGCAUCCAAACGAAUGCGAAGCCAACUUUGUAGACAUAUUCGCAGAAAAAACGGACAUAUCCUCAAGGGCGAAGCAAUUCUGCGGUAGUAUCGCCGACACCAUUAUCGUUGGGAAGAAUGUCGCCCACUUGAGGUUCUAUGCAGAGCCGAAAGCUCUCAACAGCACCUUCGAGGCGGUGGUAACUGCUGUCAGAGAUAAGGAGAAAUCAUGCAGGGACGACGAGUACGAUUGCGAGGACAUGACGUGCAUCGCUGCAGAAUUAGAGUGCAACGGCAAGUUUAACUGCCGCUUCAAGUGGGACGAAGAAGACGAAAAGUGCAAAAAGAAGACUUCACGGUUGAUCGAUUCGCACCACAUCGUCAUAAUCCUCGUUGUUUUCUCUCUAAUUAUGUUUGGCAUGAGCUUCGCCUUCGUCUUCAAUUGCGUUCGAAAGCUCAUCCGCGAUCACCGUAUUAUCCAGGAACAUAUAAGGCAAUCUAGAGAAAAUCGUUUGGACGAACUGGGUCGGAAGUCGACUCCGUGUCCAAUUUCGGUUUCCACAACGGAUCUGCAUGAUCAUGGCAGCGAGUCACCUAGUUUAGAAGUCUUGCCCAGCAAAGAAUUGAUGCCCCUUACCACCAUGAUACCUCAGGAAUAUACCAAAGACCUCGUCCUCGAGAUGACUUACAACGCUAGCGAUAUCAUCGAUAUUCACCAGAGUAAUAACGUGAGCAACGCCACGCAGGAACGUCUACAGGAGUCGAGCGAAGAGCCAGAGAUGCGCGAUAACUGCUGUCAAACCCGAGAAAGUCUUUUUGAGUCACGAAUGCCAGACGCGAUGGUACCGUAUGGCUUCACGACCUUCGGUGUGCGUGCUCCCAGUUCUCAGAACGGGACCAAUCAUCAUCAUCAUCAUUUUCAUCUUCAUCGUCAACAGUCACAACAAAGUCCGCAACAGUCUCAUCAGAGCGUCCAGUCCUCGCAAACGAGCUCGCAAUCGCCGCAACAGAGUUCCCAGCAACAAAAUAUCUCUCAAUGUUCCGGCUGUAGUCCGGCGUCCCGCGGACGAGACGGCAGUAUGGGCAUUUGUCCGAAGCAUAAUCCUAUACCAGCACCACCUGGCUGGUCUACACACGAGUCCAGUUAUCCACUUGCCGUGCCGCAAGCUGCCCAGUAUCCGGAACAGUUGGACUACCCAUCCUACCAGAAAUUUCAAAGUCCCAAGCCUAGCAGAGAGCCCAGCAGUGUCUAUCGACAAUCGCCCAAGUUUAUACGACAGGCUACCCUAGGUUCCGGCGAGAGAUACGGUAGUUCCAUAUAUGGAUCCGGCCAUGGCUCCAGCAAUACGACAUCUAGCACAUCACAGCACUCCUCCGGCAAUACACCUAUUAAACGUCAGCCUCAGCCAACGCUGGAUCCCAGGUAUCGGGCGGAAGCAGUGAUUGAGGUAGAUCAAAGACGGCCGUUCAGUAUAGAAAGUACGAAAAGCGCUCCAGACGUGAUCGCGACGCACUGACGCCGGGGUCCUGGGGA